GUUCAUUCGCUUCAACAUUUUGUUUUGAUAUUUUACCUCAGCAUUAAUAAUUAACGUCAGCGUUAUAUAUUUUUCCUCAGGUUUUGCUGUGCGAUGUCGAUAAUCGCCUCCACACUGAGAUGUUACUGACGGAUUUUUACAGAGACUGUUUGAUGCGAUGAAUUAAAACUCCAAGCUUGUUGUGUCUGAGGUUUCGAAAUUUACCCUGGACGUAGGCUGCUACUGAUGAGAUAACACAUUUUCACAAGUCUUCUCUUGACCCUGAUGUGUUUACUGCACUUAGAUCUACCUCCAAAAACACUUUAAGAUAUGGCCUUUAAAGGAAGUACUAAAAAAACAUUAUCUGGUUAUCGUAAGACAUAUCAUGAAGGAAUGAAGAACCAAAAUUGCCAGUGCUCAGGUUGUGGGAAGAGAUUUAGUUACCCAAGUCAUCUGAAAAUACAUCAGCGCAUUCACACAGGAGAGAAGCCGUAUCACUGCACACAGUGUGGAACGGGUUUUUCUACUUCUGGUUCUCUCCAAACACACCAGCGCAUUCACACAGGAGAGAAGCCGUAUCACUGCACACGGUGUGGAAAGAGUUUUACUGCAGCUAGUUCUCUCCAAACACACCAGCGCAUUCACACAGGAGAGAAGCCGUAUCACUGCUUACAGUGUGGGAAGAGUUUUACUGCAGCUACUAAUUUUCAAACACACCAGCGCAUUCACACUGGAGAUAAGCCGUAUCACUGCUUACAGUGUGGGAAGAGUUUUAAUACAGCUUAUAAUUUUCAAACACACCAGCGCAUUCACACUGGAGAGAAGCCAUAUCACUGCACACAGUGUGGGAAGAGUUUUACACAGGCAGGUAACCUGCAAAAACACCAGCGCAUUCACACAGGAAAGAGGCCGUAUUACUGCUCACAGUGUGGGAAAAGUUUUACUGCAGCUAUUUCUCUCCAAACACACCAGCGCAUUCACACAGAAGAGAAGCCGCAUCACUGCUCACAGUGUGGGAAGAGUUUUACUGCAGCUAGUUCUCUCAAAACACACCAGCGCAUUCACACAGGAGAGAAGCCGUAUUACUGCUCACAAUGUGGGAAGAGUUUUACUGCAGCUAGUUCUCUCAAAACACACCAGCGCAUUCACACAGGACAGAAGCCGUAUCGCUGCUUACAGUGUGGGAAGAGUUUUACUGAAGCUACUAAUUUUCAAACACACCAGCGCAUUCACACUGGAGAGAAGCCAUAUCACUGCACACAGUGUGGGAAGAGUUUUACACAGGCAGGUAACCUGCAAAAACACCAGCGCGUUCACACUGGAGAGAAGCCAUAUUACUGCUCACAGUGUGGGAAGAGUUUUACACAGGCAGUUCACCUGCAAAAACACCAGCGCAUUCACACAGGAAAGAAGCCGUAUUACUGCUCACAGUGUGGGAAGAGUUUUACUGAAGCUACUAAUUUUCAAACACACCAGCGCAUUCACACUGGAGAGAAGCCAUAUCACUGCACACAGUGUGGGAAGAGUUUUACUGCAGCUAGUUCUCUCCAAACACACCAGCGCAUUCACACAGAAGAGAAGCCGUAUCACUGCUCACAGUGUGGGAAGAGUUUUACUGCAGCUAGUUCUCUCAAAACACACCAGCGCAUUCACACAGGAGAGAAGCCGUAUCACUGCUUACAGUGUGGGAAGAGUUUUACUGAAGCUACUAAUUUUCAAACACACCAGCGCAUUCACACUGGAGAGAAGCCAUAUCACUGCACACAGUGUGGGAAGAGUUUUACACAGGCAGGUAACCUGCAAAAACACCAGCGCAUUCACACUGGAAAGAAGCCAUAUCACUGCACACAGUGUGGGAAGAGUUUUACACAGGCAGGUAACCUGCAAAAACACCAGCGCGUUCACACUGGAGAGAAGCCAUACCACUGCACACAGUGUGGGAAGAGUUUUACACAGGCAGGUAACCUGCAAAAACACCAGCGCAUUCACACAGGAAAGAAGCCGUAUUACUGCUUACAGUGUGGGAAGAGUUUUACUGCAGCUAUUUCUCUCCAAACACACCAGCGCAUUCACACAGAAGAGAAGCCGUAUCACUGCUCACAGUGUGGGAAGAGUUUUACUGCAAUUAGUUCUCUUCAAACACACCAGCGCAUUCACACAGGAGAGAAGCCGUAUCACUGCUCACAGUGUGGGAAGAGUUUUACUGAAGCUACUAAUUUUCAAACACACCAACGCAUUCACACUGGAGAUAAGCCGUAUCACUGCUUACAGUGUGGAAAGAGUUUUAAUACAGCUUAUAAUUUUCAAACACACCAGCGCAUUCACACUGGAGAGAAGCCGUAUCACUGCAAACAGUGUGGAAAGAGUUUUACACAGGCAGGUAACCUGCAAAAACACCAGCGCGUUCACACUGGAGAGAAGCCGUAUUACUGCUCACAGUGUGGGAAGAGUUUUACACAGGCAGUUCACCUGCAAAAACACCAGCGCAUUCACACAGGAAAGAAGCCGUAUUACUGCUCACAGUGUGGGAAGAGUUUUACCGCAGCUAGUUCUCUCCAAACACACCAGCGCAUUCACACAGAAGAGAAGCCGUAUCACAAGAUACCAUAAAGACAUAUAAAUACUUGGAAGGAUAGUGCUGAACCAUCAACUUUUUGGAAGAAAUAUCGGGAAAAAAAAUCAUGACUUGAGACCACAAAAACUUUUAUUUAAGGUUAUAUGGCGAAAAAUCAACAAAAAAAAAGGUAUGUUUAAUAGUGGAAGGAAAGAAAGCAUUUCCAUACAUCACAGUGAAAGAAAAUCCAAAAGAAGGAUAACUUUCAUUAUAUUGCCUUGGGAUUAUAUUACCUUUUUUUUUUUUUUUUUUUUUGCAUUCUUCUGAUCACUACUCAUACUAGGGCUUUCAUCUGGGUCAGAAGAAUACAAAUGGGUCUGAAUAUUCUCCAGGACCCAGUUUGGAUUGUGUACUUUUUCUUUCAAAUGCAGAGUCCUCCAUAAAAAUCUAUACACACUUCAGGAAAAGAAAAGAUUGACACCACGUUGAGAACCUGUUGUAAUUGUAAAGGCCAAAGGUAACUUGUAGUAAUCUCAUAAUGCCUGAAUAAAUUCAGUAUUAAAAUAUUUAUACAAGGUUUUUUUUUUUUUUUUGCGGAAGUGUGUAUACUUUUUUUUUUUUAAUUGGAGGGCUCUGUAUUUAAUUCAAUUGUUUGAAUGGCAACAGGUAGAUACAUAGGUUAAUUAGCUACAUGCUGCUUUAAUUUACUAUGUUUCUGGCAUAGACAAAAUUAUUUGAAGUGAAUAAAUAAUAGUUUUCAGGUCAUUUAAGUGAAAUUGGAUAAUUGAAUAAUCAUGACACACCGUGGUUGGGUAUCGAUGCUCUGGAGAACAACCCAAGAGCAAUCAAAUCUGAUUCCAUUGGGCUGAGAUACCACAUGGACUGAACCCAAGGCUAAAGAACACAAACACAUCAUGAAAACUCUCAAGAGAUGUGACUACUUAAACUGGAAUUUUAUUAAAACUACAAAAUCCAGUAACCAUCAAACCACAGCAGAUAGAUGUGACAAGAACUACAAAGUGUUAUGCCGUGUGUUGCUGGAGUAUUUUUAACAGCUAAUACAUUUCAAUCUUUGCAAAGGACUAAAACAGAGCUGGUGCACAAAAAUAAAACACCCAGACAUCAGCAGAGCAAUGUAGUGUACACAGUCCAAUGCACCAAUAAAUGCACAAAUUUGACAAAUGCAGUUCUUUCACACUUUUACCACUAAUGACACAAAUGGGUGAAAAAAUUACAUUAGGCUGUCAAGAUCUUACGAACUCCACAGGGUUUAUAUACCUGUCAUUUAGAUAGAACUGAUAAACUCUUUCAGAGUAUACAUUUACAGAAACUUAUACAUUUAGCAAGUUGCCACUGAAACAGCACCUUUGGCAUAACCGUGACCAAGAUGAAAAAGAAUCUUAAAACCCAUUCAGUUUCUGAUAAA